AUGCCCCUCCCGGCGUUCACCUCCCACGCCAGCCCCGGCGCCAAGACCUCGCAGUCGGCGUGGGAGCGUGUCCGUCUCAUGUCUCGCAAGCCGCUGCUGCGGUGUGUGCAAGAGGCGUGGGAGCGGGAGCGCGUGAGGAAGUUCAGCGCGGAGGAGAAGGCGAAGGCGGCGCUGGAGCAGGCCGCUCCCGAGGGCAUCAAUGGUGAGGUCGACGGGGACCAGAGCGACGACGCGUGCGCAGUGUGCGCGGACGGUGGGCAGCUGCUAUGCUGCGACAGCUGCCCGUCGACGUUUCACCCAGAGUGCCUCGGCGUGCAGGUCCCCGAGGGCUCCUGGGUCUGCCACUACUGCCGGUGCUUCGUGUGCCUCGCCAGCGACGGCGGCCUGGCCACGUGCCACCAGUGCGCUCGCAAAUAUCACGAACACUGCCGUCCGUCGCUGUUGGCCGGGGAUAUGAUCGGCUCUUACUGUAGCGAAACCUGCAACAAGAUGGCUGCGAGGCUGUCGGAGAUGGUGGGAGCCACGAACGCCGCCGACGGAGACGGCUUCUCCUGGUCCCUGCUGAAGAUCCACAAGGGCCCUGCGGCGGACUGCUCAGCCACCGUCAUGGAGUGCAAUGCAAAGCUGGCGGUGGCAUUGGGCGUGCUUGGCGAAUGCUUCAACCCUAUGAAGGACCGGCUGACCGGCAUCGACAUGCUCCGCCAGGCAGUCUACAGCCUCGGAUCGGAGUUCAAGCGGCUGAGCCUUGAAGGGUUCUACACCAUGGUCCUGGAGAAGGACGCGGAGAUUGUCUCGGUCGCCUUGCUAAGGUUCCAUGGCAGCAAGCUGGCGGAGAUGCCGUUCGCGGGCACGCUGCCGCACUACCAGAAGCAGGGGCUGAUGCACCGCCUCGUCAAUGCCGUCGAGCAGGUGCUGGCGUCGUUGCAGGUGGAGAGGCUGGUGAUCCCGGCGGUGCCCGAGGUGGCCGGCACGUGGAAGCGGUCCUUCGGUUUCGCGCCCGUGGAGCCGCGUCUGAGGGAGCACGCCAAGCGGCUCAGCAUGGUGGUCGUCAACGGUACCACCCCGCUCCAGAAAACCAUCGCUGCACCACCGGCGCCGCCGUUGAGCGAGGACGAGCUGGCGUUCCUGGAGAUGAGCUGGCCGGCGUGCAGCUUCACCGACCUCGUCGCCGGGAUCGCGUGCUCCCCGCAGCCCUUCAGCGCCGACCCAUUGGCCGCCGCCGUCAGGGGUGGUGGGGGAGCUAGCCCCGGGAGGAGCGGCCGACGGUCUUGCGGCGGCGGGCAGCUCGGGUGGCGGCUGUAG